AAUCAACAAGUACACCUGGAGUCUCUGCAAUCACAGAAAUAACAUCAGCAGGAAUAUCAAAUGACACAGCGACAGCUACAACUAUGCAAGCAGCAGACACAUCAGAGGCCACAACUAUAAAAGUAACAGAAGUGCCCAAUGGCACAGUCAUAGAAACAACAAAAACACCCAAUGCUACAGUCAUAGAAACAACAGAAGCAUCCAAUGCUAUAGUCAUAGAAACAACAGAAGCACCCAAUGCUACACUCAUAGAAACAACAGGAACAUUCAAUGGUACAGUCAUAGAAACAACAAAAACACCCAAUGGUACUACCUUAGAAACAACCAAGGUGACAUCAACAGUUUCAACAGAAACAGCAAAAGCUGUAAGUGCAUUGGUAUCAUCAGAUGCUUCAACAACUGGAACCUUUUUGAACAGCGGAGAAUCCUGUCUUUGUUCCUGUGAUUAUUUCGACAAGGUGAAAUUUUGGAGUAAUGAAAACAACCUUCUGAAACAGUUUAAAGACCUGGAGAUAAAGCUCACAGAAAUCAGAAACCAGUUGGUUGUAAACGUCAGAAAUUUAUCUUCCAAUGUCAGGCUUCGGGUUAGUGCCCCAGAUGAGCGGAAAUCGUCUGCGGUCAUGGGAACUCUUGGAAUCAUUAUUAUGUCCUUUGUGUUUGGAGUAAUUAUAAUAUCUGACUUUCCAAUUUUCUUUCAGCACAUCAGAACAAUUUUACGCAAGUUAAAAAAACAUGAACGCUUUCCUGGAUCUAAAAAAUAACAAGU